CCCAUCGUCAUCCACCUCGUCGGCGCCUACCAGGUCUUCUGCCAACCCCUGUUCGCCUUUAUCGAGAAGUGGGCGUCGUCCGCCUGGCCGGAGUCCAGCUUCGUCACCUGCGAGAUAUCCCUGCCACUGGGUUAUUGCCUGAGCCUCUUCUGGCUGGCGUGGCGUUCGGCCUUCGUGGUGCUGACGACGAUGAUCUCGAUGCUUAUGCCCUUCUUCAACGACGUGGUGGGGCUGCUGGGGGCGCUGGGCUUCUGGCCGCUCAUGGUGUACUUCCCGAUGGAAAUGUACAUCGCGCAGAAGAAGAUCCCGAGGUGGAGCACUCGGUGGGUGUGCCUGCAAAUGCUAAGUGAUCCCGUCCGAAAGCUGAGUCGGAAGGAGGCAGGCCUUGAUGGACUGGAAGUUGACGGAAAGUCGCUGCAGGGUCAGAUCUACCUAGCACCCUUCGGAAAGGCUUACACAAGCGACUGA